AUGAUGCGCUGCUGUUUCUCCUCGUCUUGUUUUAAACUUUUUUUUUCUGCUCCUCUCAGCUGUUUUGGCAGAAGGAGUUUCACCAAGACCGACAGGCCCUUGAAGAAACGAGCCAACAAGAAGUUUAAGAUUUAUCCUGACUAUAAACUAAAAUGUGGUUUGGAAAUCCACUCUCAGCUAAAGACUACUAGAAAACUAUUUUCUCUUUCUGAGAACCAUCAGUUUGACAACCUCACAAGACCCAACUCAAAUGUCUCCUACUUUGAUAUAAGUUUGCCUGGAACACAACCGCUAUUGAACCCAGAAGCGCUUCUAUUGUCGUUGAAGUGUGCAAUAGCUUUAAAUUCAAAUAUCAACUUGCAUUCGACUUUUGAUAGAAAACAUUAUUUCUAUCUUGAUCAGCCUUUAGGCUAUCAGAUCACUCAGCAUUACAAUCCCUUUGCCAAAAAUGGUUUUGUGAAAUUGCAAAAAUCCAAAGAUGAUAUAGACGAAUUGGAAAAAAUUAUCACCAUCGAUCAGAUUCAAAUCGAGCAAGAUACUGGAAAAUCCUUGCACUCUCCUUUAGAAAACCAUUUGAUUGAAACUAAAAUCAACCUAAAUAGAGCAAACAUCCCCCUAAUUGAAUUGGUCACCAAUCCAGAUUUCGAAAAUUUAAAACAGGUAAGAGCCUUUUUAAAAAAAUAUCAAUCCAUCUUAAAAUUUUUAAAUAUCUGCACUGCUGACCUAGAAACUGGUGCAAUGAGAGUAGACGUCAACAUCUCCAUCAAUAAUGGCAAAAGAGUAGAAAUCAAAAACUUAUCCUCCACUUCUGCAAUAGCAAAUGCUAUCAAAUAUGAGUACCUCAGGCAAGUCGACCUAAUCCAAAAUGGUCAAAUCAACAAAAUCAAUCAAGAAACAAGGGGCUGGAAUGGCUACUCAACUGAAAAACUAAGAGACAAAGAAACUGCAAUCGAUUAUAGAUACAUGCCGGAUCCUGAACUACCCCCAAUCUUAUUGCAUUCGAACGUCAUAUCCGGUAUAAAAUCAAAUUUUGUUCAACAAUUACCUGAUGACGUUAUUGAUAAACUAACUUCAAAUCCCUAUAAUUUAAGAGUUAAAGAUGCAAAUCUACUAAUAAGUGAAAAAUACCCAUUGUUAUUAGAUUAUUAUUCUAAAUUAUUCCACUCAAUUGUAUCAACUGAAACUCUCUUGUCCGAAAAUACUCAAAUUGAUGCUAAAACUCCAAGUAAUUGGCUAUUUCAUCACUUUUUGGGAAACUUGACCAAAUUCAAUGUUCCCAUCGGCCUUGAUAAUAGUACUCUAACUGUAUUUGAUAUAUUAUCAGUUGAAAAAUUUGCUGAAUUGAUAAAUUUAAUCUACAUUCAUAAAAAAAUAACAACAAGUACUGGCAAACUAAUACUAGCUUACUUGGUUGAAAAUUAUAAUAACCAUCAAAAUAAAAAUCUUUCAAUCAAUGAAAUUAUCGAUAAAUUCGAUUUAAAUGCCCCUGAAAAUUUAACUGAUGACCUUAAUACUGAAAUUGAGCAGAUUUGUUUACAAAUAAUGGACCAAUUUCAAAAUAUAGUAAAAGAUAUUAAAUCUGGUGAAAAGACUACAGGAAUAAAAUAUUUAAUCGGUAUGGCAAUGAAGUCUUGUCAAGGCAGAAUUCAACCGAAAGUUUUUGAAGAAACGUUCACAAGACUCAUAAAAAAUAAAUAA